AUGCUGUCCUGUUUCCUGUUCCUCUCCAAGUACAUAGGCACUUCGUUAGUGUCCCUGCGCAGAUCAUGCCCAGGCUUUGUGCUUCCGCUGCGCUGUGCCCCAGGGCGACCCUUGGACCCCCGGCCCACUACCCCUAGCCGCCUGCUGACUGCCUCCACGUUGUCUGGAGACCCGACGCAACCGUGCUUGGCAUCCUCCCGGGUGCGCCAGAACUUCCACGCAGACUCGGAGGCCGCCAUCAACCGCCAGAUCAACCUCGAGCUCCACGCAUCCUAUGUGUACUUGUCCAUGGCUUAUUAUUUCUCCCGAGAUGACGUGGCCUUGAACAACUUCGCUCAGUACUUCCUUCGCCAGUCACGAGAGGAGAUCCAGCACGCAGAAAAGCUGAUGAAGCUGCAAAACCAGCGGGGAGGGCAGAUCUGCCUGCAGGACAUCAAGAAACCGGUCCAAGACAACUGGGAAAGUGGACUGAAUGCCAUGCAGUGUGCGCUGCUUUUGGAAAAGAAUGUGAACCAGUCCUUGCUGGAACUGCACACUCUGGCCUCAGACAGAGGUGAUCCCCAUUUGUGCGACUUCCUGGAAACCCACUAUUUGAAUGAGCAGGUGAAGUCUAUCAAAGAAUUAGGUGAUUAUGUGCAAAACUUGGUUAAGAUGGGGGCCCCUAAUUCUAGUCUCGCAGAGUACCUUUUUGACAAGCAUACCCUUGGAAAUGAAAGCAAGCAGAACUAA